UUUGGAUGGGGAGCGGAGAGGCGAAAAGUCCAAACCACACGCCCCUCCGCUGCCCCCACUAUUACGACUCUACCACUCCACUACACCCCAACCCCUGACCAACCAGAGCAUACCCGCCGGCGAUGACCUCCUCCUCGUCCGCCGCCGCUGCCGCCAUUCUCGCCGCCCCAUCAUCCACGCUCUCCCCGCACGCCGCUCCUUUCAUCCUCCCCGCGCGCCCGGUCUGCGCCCCUCCCGGACGCCACCAGGAUGGUGAUGCUUCUAGGUCGAUCAGUGAUAACUUUGUUAUGAAUGAAGAAGACAAAAAAUCGCACUUGGUGUCGCCGGCAGCAUACAUUGGGAUGAAAUCGUGUGGCGCUGUUUAUCCAGCUGGUACACAUGGAAUACACCAAAGUCAGCCAAGUUCGUCGUCUGGAGUUCAUGUCAGUGUCUAUCCAUCCUCAACUUCUUCUACUUCUGGGAUAAUUUCAGAACCAUCAAUCGUGAUGGCUUCAGAUUUGAAGCAGCAACAGUCAGAGAAGGGAAGUAAUGGAAGCAAACACACAACGGUGACGAUAAAAAGUCCUCCAAAUAAAACUUCAGGAACUAACAACACCAGUUUCGGUUCUAUGAGCAAAUUGGCUAUAAGAGAAAAUGGUGAAUGCAAUAAUGAGACUGGGACCAUGAUUUUCUCCAAAGAGCUAAAUCAUGUUGUCAGUGUGAAGCCUCUUUGUCUUCCAUCUACAUGUGCUAGCUCAUGUAUUUCAGUGGCUGAUGAUGUGAAUUCAGAUCCAUCAGAGUGUUCUGUGGAUUCACCAUGCUGGCGAGGAGCUUCAGCUUGUCGUGUUUCUUCAUUCAAUGUUCUUCAAACAUCAGCUGCCCAGUCGAUUAAACAAGAUAUAGUGGAAUUUGAUGCAGGACGGGAGCAAAACCCUAGCACUCUUCAACAUUGUGAGGCUCCGACUGAGUUUCAAAAUUUGGUCACUAGCAAAAGUAAGCAAAGCCAUUCCCAACUCCAUGUUGAAUUGCCGCCUAAGAAACCUGGAGACAUUGAAACAAACAUGGCAAAAGAUUCCGAUGGGGAGGAGCUUGAGCUUGCAAAGCAUGGGGCAGAAAAAUGCAUUGCAGAGCAGAACCACUGUUUGGAAGUGAGAGAUAAUUGCCUGAAGCGAUCUGGCCUAAACACUGCUGCUUGCGAUUUUAUCCCGUCAUCGGUUAGGAAAUCAAAUACUAGCCAUGGUUCCUGUUCUUCAACUGGAAGGAACAUAUCAGGAAUUCUGAAGGCAAUUGAGAGUCUGUCGGAGGUGCUACGGAACAAUUAUUCUGAUGAAAUUGAGCUAGAGGAGCAUGACCACAACCUCCUUCAAUCAAUAAUUGAGAAUCUUCAGAGUUACCUUCAUAAAGCAAGAAAGGGUCCUGUUAUGGGCGCUUCUGACAAGGCAGGACUAAAGGCUCACCAUUCUCAGAAUGCAGUUUCAAAAUCUGUUGCAGGAAACUGCAAUGGUAGUUACACUGCAGAUGGAAAAAGCAUAAUUAUUUCUAAUCUAGCUGAUUCUAGUCAUUUGCUCGAUAACUUUGGGCAAAACAGCUUGAAAGGGUACCAGCCUUCAGUCAACAAUUUCCCAAAGGCCUGUGAGGAGGAUCACUCACAGGUUCUUGUCUAUAAGAGUUUGUGGAUCGAUGCAGAACGUGUAAAUUGUGAGUUGAAGUAUCAACUGAAACAAGCUCGUAUGGAAAUUGACCUAGAGUCCAACAUGGCUCAUAUUGGUGGGGGUCCAAGAAAUCCUUCUUUCCAGCUGUGUGAUAUGGAUACAGAUCCAAGUAAUUCUUAUGGAUCUGCCAUAGCUUGCCCACCGAUGCUGAAAGGUCAUCCUGGAGCAAGAAAGAGUCAAAACCUCGUUUAUGCUGGUGACUUUACUCAGUCAGGAGACAACAGUGUUGUAUCAAGAUCAAAAGGCAACAUCACUGUGCCCAAGAAUAUUCAGGGUGAACAUUUCCUGUCAGGCUUGGAAGAAACUGGCACCCGUCGUUAUGUGCAUCCUGGUCUACAACUGGCGCAAAAUAGGGCUCCCAGGGGGUUGAACGCAAGCACUUUAGAUGGAAUGUCAUCACUCUCACAUAUCACUGGAAGGGAUGGCAUUUUGUGUGGCAGUUGUGAGUUUGGAUCGUCUGACUGGGAUCGUGUGCUGAAGGAUGAAAUCGCCUGAAGCUGAAGAGAUCUGCCAGCCAGAUGCAUAUAUAGCUACUGACUACUGUACGUAUAUGAGCAACUGCGAAUGCUCUGGGUGUUAUUUUGCUUGACAAGGCUGAUGAAAACGGCAGUAUGACACGGCAUGGCAAAAUGGUGCUGCUCCAGCCUGUGAAAAGCAGAACCACCUUAUUUAUCUUGUCUUCGGAACAAUUCUUAUAAAUCAUAACUUUGAUGAGUA